UAAACUGCUUGCUCUUUUUCAGGGUACCACUAAACUUUACAUCUGUGCUCAGAACAGCUCUAACAAUGCAUCAUUCGUCUUCGCGGCUCGGCAGAGAAACAACAUCAACAACACACUCUCUACAUUUAAUGCGACUGUGACAAAGAUACGAGGCCAGGUAGUCAAUGGAACGAUCCAGUGUGAGUUCAGUGUCCCCAAUUUGAAUGCCACCAACACCAGGAGCGCUGAUUCUACCACUUAUGUUGUCAUCCUUGGGUCUGGAACUUUCAAUGGAAACGAUUUUGGGACCUUUACAACUAGCAAAACCACCGAUCCUCUGAACCUCGCCAACGUUGCAAACCCCACCACCGCAUCACCUACUACUACAAAAAAUUCGGCCAGUGGCGCUCUUCACAGUCAUGCUUUGACAGUCCUGCUAACUGUCCUCACGCUGUUCAUCCUGAAGACAGCUUGAAAGAGUGCAGAGAGGAAGAACCUGUGACCCGGUGAAGAUGACUGGUUUGCAAAGCCAGAAAAUCUGAGUGUCAAGCUAUUUAUGACGUGUUUACUGAACUAAUAGUGAAAUGUUUUAUGUUCCCUUUGCACUUUUUGUAUCUAUUGAAUUUGAAGAUGUUAUGUUGUUCAGUUUCAAAGUAAUUGUGUGGAUUUAGACACCAAAUACAUGUAUAUAUAUGUUUUAUAUUCAUGCAUGUGACUUACAUACACACACCUACAAGUAAGCAUACUUAGACAAAUGGCAAGAUGGUUUUGCUUAACAGAUAUAUGUACUGAUUGUAAAUGAUCUCUUAAAAGAUAAACUUACUGAAACUGAAGCUAAUUAUAAUAAAGUUAAACUAUGGUCUUACCUCAUGAGCUGCAUCUCUGGACAGUGAAAUCAACAAAUCCUAUCCCUUAAGAUACAGUGUGACAAUCUUUCCUGGUGGUGAUGAGGGUGUGACUGUCUAAAUGAACCUCAUCUGGUUAAAUUGAAAAACAAACAUAACAAACAUGGAUCCUAAUGAUGUCUUUCAGGAUGUGGAUCUUAUGGAAUGGUGGGAAAAUGUGGAACAAUGGAAAGACACACCUCAACAUGGAGACAUGACUGAAAAAGAAGAGGCCAAGGCGUUUGCUUUGACCGCUGACAAGCUGCAGAAGGGCAUCAGAGUCUUCAACAAACUGUUCACUGAGCGGGCAGAGAGCCUCUGGCAGCACGUCAUCGACCUCAACGCCAUCGCCGAUGGGCUCGACAAGUUCAGCAAGAACACGAAGAUCGCUCAAAUCACAGGCGGCUCCACCAGCGCCAUUGGGGGCGUUGCCACUGUUACUGGCCUUGCUCUGGCUCCAGUCACCAUGGGAACUUCCUUGAUUGUGACUGCAGUGGGACUGGGCAUUGCCGCGGCAGGCGGUCUGACAUCAGCAGGUGCCGGCAUCUCCAACCAGGUCAACAACACCAUGGACCGCAAGAAGGUGGAGAAGAUCGUGCAGGACUACCAGGAGAAGAUGGAAGACCUGAACAAGUGCCUGACGUUCAUCAAACAGGGUAUUGAGAACCUGCGCAGGUUUGACCUGAUCAAGAUGAAGAAUAGUGCAUACAAUCAGGACUUCCCUGCACUUACUAGCAGAUUCUAUGAAGAUGGCGCCAUGGCAGGAAAGGCGAUCCUCGUCAAUGCCAAUGAGAUCAUGCGUUUUGUCCAGAUCGCCCAUGUAGCAGGUAGCACCGCAGCCAGAGCGGUCCAGAUUGCUAGUAUGGCAACUGGUGUGCUCACCGGACUGUUUGUAGUUAUGGAUAUCUACUUUGUGUCCAAAGACUCCAAAGAACUCAAGAAAGGGGCAAAAUCAGAGUUUGCUGCCAAAAUCAGGGAGGUGGCGCAACAGCUGCACGACGGUCUGGUGGAGCUGAACUCAAUACACCAAGAGCUGCAGUUCAACUCACCAGAAAAAGACUCUGAGAAAGCCACAGAAGAUCUGGACAGUGAAAAGAAAGAGAAGGAUGGAAAAGAUUUGGACAGUGAAAAGAAAGAUGAUGACAGCUCAGAUGAAGAUGAAAUCGACCGCAUUAAAAAAGCCAUCAAAAAGGAGCUUGAGAACCGAGAAUAUGUUUGACACAUAACUAGGAAAUACUUUCAGCUUUGCUUCCUUAGACAGCUUAUUAGUCACAAGCAAAUGUUUUGUAUUUUACUGUCUAUGAAGUAUUUGGUGCCAGAUUUUUAAAGUUAAACUGCAAUCAGGCGUAUUUUAAUUGUCCAAAAAGGAGCCUUUUAAAAGUUAAAAUAUAAUGUUAAAUAUCUAAACCAGGGGUCAGCAACCUUUAACACCCAGAGAGCCGUUUGGACCCAGUUUCCACGGAAAAGAAAACACUGGGAACCGCAAAUACUUUUUGACAUCUAAAAUAAAGAUAACACUGUUAUUGUUUUUUACCUUUAUGCUUCGUAUAAACAACUAAA